AAAGGGUGGCAAAAGCCCAUAUGAAAAUUGGGCCCAAAACCCUAAUAAGAGAUGAAACCCUACGAAAACCAAAUAUAUAGUUCAGUUCUCUGCUUUCCACUCUCGUGUAGCGAUAUAAUCUUAACCGGAGCUGUAGAUUCAACCACAUCGCAAUGGCGCCGAAGAAGGAAAAGGCUCCUCCACCGUCAUCGAAGCCCGCUAAGUCAGGGGGAGGCAAGCAGAAAAAGAAGAAAUGGAGCAAGGGUAAGCAAAAGGAGAAGGUUAACAACAUGGUUCUCUUCGACCAGGCAACUUAUGACAAGCUUUUGAGUGAAGCUCCCAAGUACAAGCUUAUCACUCCAUCGAUCUUGUCUGAUAGGUUGAGGAUUAAUGGAUCACUAGCUCGCAGAGCAAUCAAGGAUUUGAUGGCGAGGGGUUUGAUUAGGAUGAUUUCUGCUCACUCCAGUCAACAGAUCUACACCAGGGCCACCAACACCUGAUUUCCAAGAUGAUAAGCUACUUCAACGCUCUACUUUUGUUUUGUUUUUGUUUUUUGAGGAAAUAUUUCAGUUUAAUUAUCCUUCACUGAAUAUUUAGGUGUUUUGAGUACUACUUUUGAUAAUCUAGUUUAUUCCAUACUUCGAAAUUUUGGUGGAGCUGACAA